GGACCGUGUGGGAAUGGUCGGUCCACGAACUGGGGGUUGGACCGCUCCGAGCGAAACAGAGCAAACGAGUUUUAAAUGUCCGCCAUGUUGUCCAUGGCGCACUGAACCAACGGUAGGGAGCGGAGCGUCGGAAAAAAACAGUCCGAGAGAGAGCGACCAAGAUCCGGGCCUUCCCCCGGCUCCGUUGGCGACGCCCUAAAUACAAGCUACAACCAUUCGAACGUUAGAAUAGAGACUAACCGCACAGAAACAUCCAUGAAAGCUCCACUCGGUACCGUUGUGAAUAUUAGGAGAUCGGAUAGAUUUAUAUUGCACCUCGAAUUGUGAAAAAUGAGUAAAUUGUCGUUUCGGGCACGGGCGCUGGACGCUUCCAAGCCACUACCCGUCUUCCGUUGUGAGGAUUUACCCGACCUACACGAAUAUGCAUCAAUUAACCGGGCAGUGCCGCAGAUGCCGACGGGGAUGGAGAAAGAAGAGGAAUCGGAACACCAUCUCCAGCGGGCCAUCUCGGCACAGCAGGUCUAUGGCGAGAAGCGGGACAACAUGGUCAUCCCAGUACCGGAGGCGGAGAGCAACAUCACCUAUUACGACUCCCUCUACCCUGGAGACUUCAAGAUGCCAAAGCAGCUAAUUCACAUACAGCCUUUCAGCUUGGACACAGAGCAGCCAGAUUACGACCUGGACUCAGAUGAUGAGGCCUUUGUCAACAAGCUGAAAAAGAAGAUGGAGAUCAGCUACCUGCAGUUUGAGGAAAUGAUUGACCGGCUGGAGAAAGGCAGUGGACAGCAGGCUGUGAGUCUUCCUGAGGCCAAACUGCUGCUGAAAGAGGAUGAUGAGCUCAUCAAAGAGGUCUUUGACUACUGGAGCCGCAAGAGGAAAAACAGCAAAGCCAACUCUCUCAUCCCCACCGUCAAGCAGGAGAAACGGGACGGCUCAAGCACCAGUGACCCUUACGUGGCCUUCCGACGACGCACUGAGAAGAUGCAAACUAGGAAGAAUCGUAAAAACGAUGAGGCCUCGUACGAGAAGAUGUUGAAGCUUCGCAGAGAUCUCAGCCGAGCUGUCACAAUCCUGGAAAUGAUCAAGAGGAGGGAGAAGAGCAAGCGAGAGCUGCUGCACCUCACACUGGAGAUUUUUGAGAAGAGAAAUGUCAUGUCAGACUUUGGUGGUGAGGUUAUGGCGGAAGUUCUGGCUGAAAGGGCACUGGUGAGGCCACAAAUCAUCCCCCUGGUCCCACUCACCAACCAGUACCGACAUCAGGACCAUAUGGACCUCAAGGACUACAAGUCUAAGCCUGAGAAGACAGAAGUUCCCCGGCAGAAGAGGAAGUAUGAGAAGAAGCCGAAGGUGCUGCCACCAUCAUCAGGCACACCCCACCAUACAGGUCCGGUUGUCUUCAACGCCAAGGACCUAAACCAGUACGACUUCCCCAGCUCGGAUGAUGAGCCCUUUUCCCAGCUGCACUCAGGCUCAUCGGAAGCAGAGGAGGAAAACGACCCAGAUGGUGCCUAUGCCUUUCGCAGGAAGGCAGGCUGCCAGUACUAUGCUGCUCGUCAAGAUCGGGUGGGUAGCUGGCCGUGGUGUGGACAAUGGGAGGGUGGUUUGGCAGAAGCUCGCUUUCGCUACAGUCUCACCACACUCACCAUGCCACGACGAUGCCUGGGCAUGUCUCGACGGCGCGUGGGACGAGGCGGCAGGGUGUUGCUGGACAGAGCAUACACAGACUUUGACAACAUUUUCCAUGGAUUGGAUCCAAACAUCCUUGACCUGCCUCUUCCUCAAUCUCCUCCUCCUCCUACUCCUACAACUACUUCACGCGCACCGGCCACCGACAAGUUUGCCAGUACCUCAGAAACAAAUACCUCAGAAAGAAGUUCCUCCUUCAGUUCCUCUCUUUCCCCAUCCUCCCCCACUUCCACGGACCUCAGUCAGAUACUGUUGAAUAUAAAGUCGUGCCGAUGGAGGCACUUUAGACCACGGACACUACCACUACAUGAGCUGGACAAUGCCCACCCUCUAUUCAGGAGGCUGAGCCGAAGCCUGAAGCGCCCACUCUCGGCCUCCACCGCCGGGGGCAACCCUUUGGCUCCCAACGUCCAGGGAGGGUUGUCCCUGCACCCACACCCGUUGCUGCUUUUAGUUGAACAGUACCAGCAGCAUCAGGAGCAGCUGUCCCUGAUGCACAAACAGCAGCUGGAGCAGGUCCAGCAACAGCACGCCAACAGCGCCACCACUGCCAACAGCACACAGACCCUGGCAAAUACAUUGGACCAGGCCAGUGCUCAGUUUGCCGCCUCGGCCCUUGUGACCGCCGACCAACUGCUGGCUCUGAAAACCAAGGAGGAGCUAGGACCAGGAGUCAAUGGCGUCCUCUCCCCCUCAGGUGUCUACAAGGGCUUGCACCUCUUGAGCACAGCGUCCCCGUCCCCUGCCACGCCGGCUCCUCCCACUGCUACCACGACACCUGCCUCGCUCCACCCCUGUACCACCAGCUCCACGUCUGCUACCAGUAACAACAAUGGCACCACACACCCUGCCAACACAACUACCACUAACGCCACCACUCAGGUCCUGCUGGGAAAUAACAACAACAGCCUACGGCUGAGUGUUCCCGCCACCAAGCGCAUCCCCACACCCCGGACGCUGAGCACCACCAUGUCUACAUCCGCCUUAAAGCUCGCCCACGCAGCAGCCGCCAACUGUCAGAAACCCAAGGUCACUACAGCCUCGGCCUCGCCGCUGGACAUAGUGCCCAGGGAGAAUCAUGAACAAGACAAGCCAGCACUGAACAGUCUAACGGAGAACACAGUGGCCAUGGAGGUUACGUAGCCUCUCAUACACCGCUCUGAGGAAACGUGACUCCAUUGUGUUUUUUUGUUUUUGUUUUUUGUUUUUUUUAAGGUGCUAUGCAUCAUUCGUUAGUCAUGAAUGCAAGUGGUGGCGGACUGAGCACGGCAAGGCUGGGUUUCCAUAGCAACAGUUUGGGACUUAAUUGCAAUGCUCGUCUCGUACAAUUUCUUUUCCCCUCCCCUCCCAUUUUUUCCCCCCAUUUGUUACUGUUAAUAGGAGAUCUCUGUAAAUUCUUAAUAUGGCAAUUAUAUGUACAGUACUGCAUAUUUGUAAUACCCCUCUCCCCACCCCUGUUCUUGUAUAUAACAUUACUUGAAUACAGAAUUGUUCAUUUGUGAUGUUUUGCACUCGAUAUUAAAAAAAAAAAUCAAAAUUAAAAAGAGAAAACGACAAACUGCAACUGGUGCGAGUAUGGGGUGUGAAAGUUAUACCACAGAAAAAUGUAUGUCAUCACAUGCAUGGUGCGGAACCUGCUGUUUGAUCUAUUUAUUGUGCCGUGUUUACAGAGGUUUUUUUCCCCCCACAUUCAUUUAAAUUUUUUUUUUUUUUUUUUAAUACACUGUAUCCUUCAUCAGUUCCCUGUGCUGUAGUAAGUGUCUAGGUAGACUUAUACAAAAAAGAAGUCCCCACUAUUUUUUCUUUUUUUUUUCUUUUUUCUUUUUUUUUUCUUUUUGGAUGUUGUGAACAUGGCCGGGGGCUCACCUGUUUUUGUUGGAUGUUCCCAUGUGUCUGUUUAAAUCCACGCAGACGUGCGUUCGUUAAAGAUUAAGGCGCAGGGCAGUAGAAGAUGUGUAUUUAGCCCUUUUCAGACGUGAUGUGACGCAUUCGGCUCAAUCAGUCUCUUAAAUUGACGGCACUGUCGUUCAGAAUUCACUCACACAUAUCCGGGCGGUGAUGGGGGGGAGCUGCUGUGGUUGCCACGUGUACCAAGGACUUAUUACAUUUGUGGUCAUUAGUAUUGUGUGAGGUGCAGCCCACACUUCUGAAUGUUUAUUUGACCAACAUCUGAGUCUGUGGGUCCUGCUGACUGUGCUGUACUCACCUGCCCCUUGCACACAAGCCGAGGGCUUUUCUGAAUCGGGAGCGGCCAAAAUACGUCAUAGAUAAAUGUUUUAAUCUCAUUACAAAUCUAAAAAUAAAGAUGAAAUGUUAUUGGUGUUUAACGCAGCUCACAGAGACGCAGGGGAAUCGCGCACAGAUGCGAUCUAGUGCAAGUGACGUGACUUCACGCAAUCAGACGAUCUAAAGUGGCCCGUGUGCGUCACUGAGACGCCAAGCCAACACGUUCAGAUGCCGUCAGAUUAAUUGAAAUGUCUGAAAGGGGCUUUUGUUUGUUUGUAGGCAUCAGUUUGUCAGUGGGUAAAUCAGUCUCCACAAAGCUCUUCCAUACAUAUAUUAUUCCUGAGACAAGUAACAAAACAAUGGGGAUGAAGACUUUCCCAGAAGACUUUGCUGCUUCUGACUUAUCUAAGCACUAUAUAUUAUAAUUAUUAUUUUUUUUUUUUUAAAUUGAUGCUGCUUUUGUAUGAUUUUUGGCCUCUGGUUUCUACCAGAUGGCCUUAUUUACUUUUAGUUUUCUCUAAAGGAUAAUCCCCCCUCCCUCCCCUUAUCAUUUUUUUUUAAAACAAAUAUUUUUGUAUCUCCCUUCUUUAUUUUCCCAUGAAAGACUUCAUUCUUUUGUUACUUGUUCUGACAAAAAAAAGAAACUAUAAGGGAGUAAUUUAAAAAAAAAAAAAAAAAAAAAAAAAAAUGCAGUAACUGACAUUAUUAUCAUUCCAGCUUCUGUAUAAUAAGGAACAUGUAUCAAUUGAGAGAAGAAAAAAAAGAAAUGAAACAGUUUUCUCUACUUUUAAAACUCCAGAAGGCUGAAAGGCCAUGAACCACAAGUUAUCGGGUGCCUUCAUUUGGGAAAAAAAGAAAAAAAACUUUUAAAAAAAUCAAUAAAAAAAAAAAUAUCACUCUCUUCUGUGAAGAGUUUGGUACUGAACAAGGCUACUUGUAGUUUUUCUUUGUCUGUACCACAAUCCCAAUGCCCAUUCCAAUGGCCCAGUUGAUUCAUGACUUUUUGUUUCCCUUUUGUUUUUGUAAACCCUUCCACCACACACACUCACACACAUGGGAAAGACUUAAGAAUCCUCUUGAAUUGUCACAAAAUGAAAUAAAAAUCCAGGGCAUUAUGUGUUUCGACCAA